AUGCGGCGAGCGCAACGAGCUAUUGAUCUGCUCGAACGGCGCAUUCAGAUCAGACCCGUGCAUUCUAAAGCGUUCGUCAAGCUGCACCAGAGCGGACAGGUGUCGUGGGCGGCUAUCACGAAAGCAAAGUUUGUACUAAGACUUCUUUUCUCCCCCCAAGGGCCCGUAUUCAAGGAGCACGUCGUCGAAGGCAUCCGUCCCUUCAUCGGCAGCGUGAUGGUCGUCAAUGCCAGCAGCCGCGACGAGGUCAGAUCGAUUCUCGAGGGCGAUGUUUUCGUAACGCAAGGUAUCUGGGACUGGGAGAAGGUGAAGAUCUUGCCCUUCAGGACGACAUUCCGUCAUCAGCCAGGAGGAGCUGGAGAGUAG